UUUAGACAAUUGAUCAGCUGUCGCGCAUGCGCGCUAGCAUAGGUGGUGAUUAAGUGCGUUUUAUUUCAUAAUUUUGCAAUAAAAUUCCAAAUAAUUCCUCGAAUUGUGCAGUGAUGUGUUAGAUCGCACUUUGGCCCAAUUUCCUUUAAAAAACUGGUAAAACAAUGGACUUAGGGCCCGACCAAGACAUUAUUAUGGAACGCCAAGGAAGUUGUUUAUUGCUGCGCUGUGACAGUCAAAAUUCCCUCGAUGAAAGCUCCCAAAAGCAAUUGCCGCGCUCUGGGGGCAAAGACAAGCCGCCUUAUCGCAACUACCACCACACACAGAGGGCUUUCGAUGCCAUGAAUUUACUGAGAAAACAAAGACUGCUCUGCGACGUGAUUCUGGUGGCCGACACCGUGGAAAUCCCCGCUCACAAAAUGGUCCUAGCUGCUUGCUCUCCCUAUUUUUACGCCAUGUUUACAAGUUUUGAAGAGAGUAAACAGGACCGCAUUGUUUUACAAGAAGUGGAUCAUCAAGCUUUGCAAAUUUUAGUCGAAUACGUCUACACCAGCGAAGUACAAGUCACUGAGGACAACGUACAAGUCCUCCUACCAGCCGCUAAUUUGCUACAAUUGACUGAUGUUAGAGAUGCUUGUUGUGAAUUUUUACAGGUGCAAUUGCAUCCAACUAAUUGUUUAGGGAUUAGGGCGUUUGCUGAUCUACACGGCUGUUUGGAGCUGCUGGCCCAUGCUGAAUCGUACAUUGAACAACAUUUUAUUGAGGUUGUUGAAUGUGAAGAGUUCCUAACGUUGUCGCACCAACAAGUUUCUAAGCUUAUUUGUAGUGAUAGACUUACCGUACCUUCAGAAGAACAGGUGUUCGAAUGCGUAAUUGCUUGGGUUCAGCACGAUUUGGAUGCCCGCCACAAGCAUUUAGCCUCUUUAAUGGAGCACGUGCGUCUCCCUCUCAUGUCACAAGAAUACCUGAUGCAACGCGUCGAAGAAGAGCCUCUCCUCAAAGCCGAUUUGCAAUGCAAAGACUACAUCAUCGAAGCCCUAAAAUACCACCUUUUGAAAGGCGACAACAAAACGACCUUCCGCACCCCCAGAACAAAACCGCGUCAACCGGUGGGCCUUCCCAAAGUUUUGCUCGUGGUCGGGGGCCAAGCCCCGAAAGCGAUUCGCAGUGUGGAAUGUUACGAUUUCAAAGAGGAGAAAUGGUAUCAAGUGGCCGAAAUGCCGACGAGGCGAUGCCGAGCCGGCUUGGCUGUCUUGCAUGGGAAAGUCUACGCUGUUGGGGGGUUCAAUGGGUCGCUGCGGGUGCGAACGGUCGAUGUUUACGAUGCGGCUUUGGACCAGUGGAGCACUUGCGACCAUAUGGAAGCGCGCCGGUCGACUUUGGGGGUUGCGGUGUUAGGGAAUUGUAUUUACGCAGUUGGGGGGUUCGAUGGCUCGACUGGGUUGAACACGGCUGAAAUGUACGACCCCACGACGCAGAAGUGGCGCUCGAUCGCCCCCAUGUCCACGAGGAGGAGCAGUGUGGGGGUUGGGGUGCUGUAUGGGAUUUUGUACGCGGUUGGGGGCUACGACGGCGCUUCACGGCAGUGUCUCAGCUCUGUGGAGUGCUACACUCCCGAGAUCGACUGCUGGACGUCAGUCCCUGAUAUGGGGUGUCGGCGUAGCGGCGCUGGGGUGGGUGUCCUCGACGGGAUUUUGUACGCUGUUGGAGGACAUGAUGGCCCCCAGGUUCGGAAGUCCGUCGAGGCCUAUGAUCCGGUUAAGAGAAUGUGGACGUCGGUUAGUGAUAUGACAUUCUGUCGACGCAAUGCUGGAGUGGUUGCACUCAAUAGCUUGUUGUAUGUUGUUGGGGGUGAUGAUGGUUGUAGUAAUUUGUCGUCGGUUGAGGUGUACAACCCCAAAACUGACACGUGGACAUUGUUGCCGAGCUGCAUGGGAAUCGGACGAAGUUAUGCAGGAGUGGCUAUUAUUGAUAAGCCGAUUUGAAAGUCGCCUCAUGCUGGCAACAGGGUCAAUAGCGCCACUGCGACAUCCACAAGAUACGCAAACUGCGACGAGAACAGCAGCGCAGAGGGCGCCGUCGGCUACGACCACCAGCCGAACAUCUACGAGACCAUCGACCCGAAUGCCAGCAGCCAAGAGGCCGAAAACAUCUACGAAACCAUCGAGGACAUCCG